AUGGCCGCCAUCCCACCGGGCGACCACCAAGGCUACAUGCGCCUCGCCCUCGAGCAGGCGCGCAAGUCCCCGCCCAAACCGACCAACUACCGCGUGGGCGCUGUGCUGGUCGACACCACCACCAACCAGAUCCUCGCGACGGGCUACACCCUCGAGCUUCCCGGAAACGCGCACGCAGAACAGUGCUGCUUCAUGAAGCUCGCAGAACAGCACGGCGUGCCCGAGGAGCGCCUCAGAGAUGUGCUCCCCUCAGACUUGGCCCUGGCUCUCUACACCACGGUCGAGCCCUGCUCCAAAAGGCUGAGCGGCAACCUGCCCUGUGUCGAGAGGGUCCUCCGCCUGGCGAAUCUCAUCAGGUCCGUCUAUGUGGGCGUCAUGGAGCCUGAGACGUUUGUGGCCGAGAACACGGGCAGGCGGAGCCUGGAGAAUGCGGGCAUUACCGUGGUUCGGGUUGAGGGGCUCGAGAAGGAGAUCCUCGAGGUUGCUACGGCUGGUCAUGUCAAGAGUUGA